AUGGCCUCGCUCCGCAGUGCCAAGCCCUGGCUGAGGAACUACUUCAAGGAGAACUACAUUCCCCAGGUCUGCGAGGCGCUGUUGUGUGGUCUGCUUGUUUCUUGUCCCGAGGAUCCACUAGACUAUUUAGAAGUAAUGAUCAAGCAUAUAAUGGAAAGUGGACUUGAAAGACUUUUUUGGGAUAUGUGCAUUGACCCGGCAGUGAAACCAUCAAUUCGAAGAUUGUCUGAAACUUACUUGGAACAGCUCUUUGGACUGGAUGAUCAGCUGAUGACUCCAGAAUUGAUGACAAAAGCAUGUAGCUUUUAUACAGGAAAUUUAGUCAAGACCUUCUUUAGCAUUUGGAAACACGCAACACUACUUCAUGAAAGUGAAAAUGAGGUUACAGUUCAAAAGAUGGCAAAAGCAGAGAAGCAUUACAAUCUUAGACUUCAGAGAGGGGUACUCUGCAACUGGCACCUACAUGUGGAACAACAGCAACAAAAACUUACAGAGAUACUCUUGAAGAUCAAAGAGACAUUUCAUAAUCACAAGCUAAGAAAAACCCUAACAAAAUGGAGGGAUAAAGCGAGACGCAAGAAUAAAGAGAGAGAAGAUGACCUGUUGCUAAAACAUGAAAUUCUACUGAAAAAAUGGAAAAUCAGGUCAAAAUCAAAAUUAACCCCUGGGGAAUAUUUCAUGUCCUCUGAAGAAAGCCUUUCUGAAAGUUAUCCAAGAGACAGGAGUUUUCAAUUUGACAUUUCGCUGUUACCCUUAAAAGCAAUAUUACAGAUUUUCCAUUACCUCAGCAUAAGAGAUUUGGCAACAUGUAGUCAAGUUCGUCACUCCUGGAUGUCAAUGACACAAAGAAGUGCACUGUGGAAUGCUAUUGACUUUUCCACAUUAAAACAUAUGGCCAUUGAUAAAUAUGUGGUGAUGACUUUGCAAAGGUGGCGUCUCAAUGUGCUGCGCUUGAAUUUUCGUGGUUGUCUUCUCAAACCCAAAACGUUGAGAUCUGUCAGUCACUGUAGAAAUCUGCAAGAGCUGAACGUCUCUGACUGCUCGGCACUCACAGAUGAAUCCAUGAAGCACAUCUCAGAGGGCUGCCCUGGCAUCCUGUAUCUCAAUCUCUCUAACACAGGCAUCACCAACAGGACCAUGCGACUCCUGCCAAGGAACUUCCACAAUUUACAGAACCUUAGCUUGGCUUAUUGCAAAAAAUUCACAGAUAAAGGUUUACAGUACCUGAAUUUAGGGAAUGGAUGCCACAAGCUCACCUAUCUGGACCUUUCCGGCUGCACCCAGAUUUCUGUCCAAGGCUUCAGGAACAUUGCCAACAGCUGCAGUGGGAUUACACAUCUGACCAUCAAUGACAUGCCAACGCUGACGGACAACUGUGUAAAAGCCUUGGUUGAGAAGUGUUCCCACAUCACCACAGUGAUCUUCAUUGGUGCCCCACACAUCUCCGACUGUGCCUUCAAAGCCCUCUCCACCUGCAGCCUCAGGAAGAUCCGAUUCGAAGGAAAUAAAAGGAUCACCGAUAGCUGCUUCAAGUUUAUAGACAAACAUUAUCCAAAUAUCAGGCACAUUUACAUGGUGGACUGCAAAGGGUUAACAGAUGGCAGCCUCAAGUCUCUUUCAGUUUUAAGGCAACUGACUGUGUUGAAUUUGGGAAAUUGUAUCAGUAUUGGCGAUGAAGGGCUCAGGCAAUUUCUUGAUGGUCCUGUGAGCAUCAAGAUGAGAGAGCUAAAUUUAAGUAACUGUAUCCACCUGGGCGACACUUCCCUUGUGAAGAUAUCCGAGCGGUGCCCUAAUUUAACCUACUUGAAUUUAAGAAACUGUGAACAUUUGAGUGACACAGGAAUUGAGCAUCUUGUAAGCAUCCAUUCCUUGGUAUCUGUGGAUCUCUCCGGAACAGCCAUCUCUAAUCAGAGUUUGGGAAUACUUUCCAGACAUAAAAAAUUAAAGGAACUUUCCCUAUCCGAAUGUUAUAAAAUCACCGAUACAGGAAUUCAGACAUUCUGCAAAGGCUCACUGAUCUUGGAACACCUGGAUGUCUCUUUCUGUCCCCAGCUGUCAGAUGAGACUAUCAAAGCAGUAGCCAUUUACUGUGUGAGCAUCACGUCUCUCAGCAUUGCUGGAUGUCCAAAGAUUACUGAUGUGGCAAUGGAGUUAUUAUCUGCAAAGUGCCAUUACGUGCACAUUCUGGAUAUCUCUGGCUGUGUCCUCCUUACUGACCAAAUCUUUGAGAACCUUCAGAGAGGCUGUAAACAACUCCGGAUCCUUAAGAUGCAAUACUGCAAACAGAUUUCCAAGGAGGCAGCUCUCAAAAUGUCAACUUUGGUUCAGCAACAAGAAUACAACCCUGAGGACCCUCCCUAUUGGUUUGGCUACGAUGGUGAAGGCAAGCAAUUUACAGAACAGCAAAAAAAGACAACUACAGAUAACUCAGAGUUGAUAUUGAAGGACUCCUUCGGCAGCAGUGAAGAGGAAAUAACAUAA